GUUAAACCUCGGGAUGCCUAUCCUAACACACGGAUUGCGGAGUUUACAGAGACACUGCUUAAGCUCGAUUUUCCUCGUUCUUCUGGAUACGGAUACAAACAUAUCCUGCUAAAUACGUCGGAAGACAACGAAUAGAAUCAAGUGUUUAGAACGAAAAUAGUUUAACUUGCUAACCAGUGAUGCAUAUAAGUGCUGAAGCACUGAUUCAAGUGAUCGCCAAUCUUUGUGCACGCCGCGCGGGAUACUAAUGUUUUGAUUUGGCGCUUUAUAUUGCCGGUGUUCGAUUGUUGCAAGCAAAGGAGAUGCAUUGGUAAUACUAUUGAAGGUGGUAGCUAGCGGUUAAAAGCUGAUGCUACAUCUUAAAUAUGAUCACGGAAGUUUAAGCCCUUCACGACGUCGAAGAUCUGGCGUUCUGUUAUUAAGCACUCGAAAAAGUAAAUUCCGAACACUAUGGACGUAGAGGCUACAGAGACGGACUUGCCAACGGAAGGUGCCGUACAGACGAUACCCAAGGAAAUGCUUCUUAAAGUACGGCCGCCCACAGUCGAAGGACCGGUAUUAUACCACCAGCCUCGACCGGAGUUUCAGGCUGGCUGUUGUUCCGUGGUCUCACAGGCAGAUAGUCUAUCGCGUCACAUAAUAUCACUGGAAAGGCACAUUGAAUAUGCCACAAAAGUGGCCGCUACGUCCGCUGCUAUGGGGUGUAGUCAUCAAGUAGCACUUUCGGAAAUUCCCGUGGAGGAGGUUGAUGUUCAGCAUGCGCCGCUGGAUCCGCGUUUGACUUUAACAAGAGUCUCAAUUUCACGAGCGCUACGCCAUUGCACGCUCAUCUUCACGCGUGUGGGUGGGUUCCGAGCUGUCGAUUCACGUUGCGUUGAUAUGCUGGCCGACCUCCUGCAUGAAUUCUUGUCUAGAAUCAGUACCUACCUAAGAGCGGCUCAGGAUCGUGAAGCUCUACGGGGUUGCAAUGCACACGUCGAUUCUCUCAAUCAGGCAUUACACGAUGUGGGUUUUGCUCAUGGUGUCCUGGACAUACGAGACUUUGUAAAUUCACUUCGAGAAAGACGAAACCGCUUGCUGGAUGAGUGCCGAACAAUCCAUGCUCGCUAUAGGGCGGCAGCUUAUGCUUCAGAGGAAUCGGGGCAUUUUCGACUGUUGACUGCAGAUGGAGGAACUACUGAGAGCACCAACGGUGGUGGCGCCGGGACGUCUGGAAACCUAGAAGAGAUGCUAUUGGCCUAAUUCGUAAAUCGGACCGUAGUGAUAUAUAUAUGAUGGACCCAGAAUAUAUCUUACUCGAUCUCGUUGCAAUACUCAGCAGAUAGGAACAUAUUGUAAAUGAAGCGGUGUAUUUUUCAGGAGUAGCUAUUGAACUACAGAGAUCAAAUCGCAUCGUUAUUACACAAGUAACGCUGUAAAUGUAGAAAUCAACGAGAAGUGUUUCUUUAAUGAAAGAUAUCUAAUGGAGAUCAGUUCAUAUUGGACAAAAUAAAAACAAAUAAACAAUCAAUA